AUGUCGUCGGGUUUAAUUCGUCGAGACAAUGGCCACGGCAAGACACACUACUUCGCCAGCUCCGAUGAGUCGAAAAUCUGUGUGGUCAUGGUUGGCCUCCCAGCCAGAGGCAAGAGUCUUAUCGCUGGCAAAGCUAUGAGAUAUCUCGCCUGGGUUGGUAUUCCUGCACGCGUGUUCAACGUCGGCACCUAUCGCCGACAGGGCACACCGCAGCCAAGCGCCACGUUCUUUGACCCCCACAACGAGGAGGGCGAGAAGAUGCGCCGUGCCGCGGCCGACGCUGCAAUCACAGAUAUGAUCCAGUGGUUUGAUGCUGGCAAGGGAGUGGUCGCGAUCCUCGAUGCGACGAAUUCGACGAAAGAGCGCCGCCGCUGGAUCAACGAGCGCUGCGGAGAAGCUAACAUCGAGACGUUGUACGUCGAGUCGAUAUGCGACGAAGAGGACUUGAUUAUGAACAACAUUCUCGAGGUCAAGACGACCUCGCCGGACUACAAGGGGCAGGACCCGGAAGUCGCUGCCCGGGAUUUCCGCGAGCGCAUCCGCAACUACGAGAAAGUCUACGAGACCAUUGAUGACGGCGAGAAGAGCUACACCUACGUAAAACUCAUCAACGUUGGCUCCACCGUCAUCAUCAACCAGAUCAAGGACUAUUUGUCCAGUCGACUGGUCUACUACAUCCAGAACCUCCACAUCAAGCCUCGCUCGAUCUGGUUAUCUCGCCACGGAGAGUCAGAGUACAACCUAACUGGCAAGAUUGGAGGUGACUCCAACAUCUCUGAACGUGGAGAGGCUUAUGCCAAAGCGCUACCUGGUUUACUGAAGAAGUCCGGUGUACCGCCCAACACGAAGAUUGUGAUCUGGACCUCCACGUUAAAACGCACCAUCCAGACGGCGCGUCACUUAGCUGCGGAAACUGGUUUCGAGAAACUGGAGUGGAAGGCUCUGGAUGAGCUCGACUCGGGAGUCUGUGACGGAUUGACCUACGAGCAAAUUGCCGAGAAGUAUCCUGAGGAUUUUGCCGCCCGCGACGAAGACAAGUACAACUACCGCUACCGGGGUGGCGAAUCGUAUCGCGAUGUUGUCAUUCGCUUGGAGCCGAUUAUCAUGGAGCUGGAGCGCAGUGAGAACGUGAUCAUUGUGACCCACCAGGCUGUGUUGCGCUGUAUUUACGCCUACUUCCUCAACACACCCCAGGAGCAGAGUCCCUGGAUGGAAGUCCCCCUCCAUACACUUAUCAAACUUACCCCGCGUGCAUAUGGUACGGAGGAACAACGGUUCAAGGCUGAUAUCCCCGCCGUGUCGACCUGGCGUGCUAAGGGCACUUCGGCGAAGCACCAGGAAUACUCCACGGAAACCAAGGCGAUUCGCCCGAACUCACCACCAACCCCGAACCCGACAACCCCUCGGGCUUUUUCCAUAAAGGGGGUCCGGAAGGACCUAGGGGGACACACCAUGUUAUCCGCCUUCAUCGCUCGGCCGCUCGUCGAGUUCAAACCGCGCGAUCGAUCGCGCAUCGAAUCCGUUCUCGCGUACGGGGACCGCGUGCUCGUGGGAUUGAAUAAUGGGAGUCUCCGGAUCUACCGGGUGAACGAGGUGGAGAAGGAGUCUGGGGGUAAUGAUGAUGCGGCGCUGGGGAAUAAUGUUAAUGGGGGUGUUGGUACGAAGACGACGGCGGCGGCGGUACCCGCUCGUAAUGCUGAGGGUGGUGGAGCGGAGAAUGCGAACCCAGGGGCUACGAAUGCUGCGGAUCAUGCGAAUGCGGCUACAGCAACAGCCACAGCACCACAUGUGCCGGUCAAAUUGAAACAGACGGAUCUUCUGCGCGAGGUCGAGAAGUUCUCGCGGUACAAGGUGGAGCAGUUGGCCCUGAUCAAGGAGGCCAAGUUGCUGACGUAUGCGCUGCAGGAGCAGUUGACGCGCACGAAAGGGGCGUCGACGUUUGCGACCGGCGUGCCGUCGAUCGUGUCCCGGCUGGCGGUGGCGGUCAAGCGCAAGGUGGAGGGCGAGGUGGCGGAGAUGACGCUGGCCAACGUGACGGACUUGGUCGGCCCCGGGAGUAUCGGCGGGCUGGGUGGGCAGGAAACCGGCCGGCUGACGGGGGUCGGGGUCGCCAGUAUGAGCUAUAUUGGCAUUGGCGGGUCGGCCCCGAAGCCUCUGGCGGCGAGGCUGUCGGAGGGCCAGGUGCUGUUGGCGAAGGAUAUCAAUACCCAGCGGCAGAUCCCCUGGAGCCAUGCGCCGGCUGAUAUCGGGUACUCGUAUCCGUUUCUGCUGGCCCUGCAUGACGCGUCUAAGGGCGUGCUGGAGGUGCGCAACCCGGAGACGCUGUCGCUACUCCAGUCGCCGACGAUCAGCUUGGCCCAUGCAGGCAAGGGGUUCCUGAUUGACUCGCUGGUGGAGAAGGGCUACCUGGACGAGGCCGGCCGACUCCGUGCGAUCAAGCUCGAGAAAGCCGAAGGGCUACUCUAUCCCAAGAUCGAGCCAGAGGAAUCCGAAGACAGCGCCACCGAGAGCCCGUCCAAGACUCCCGACAACCAGAAGCAGGUAGAUGGCAAUCACACGGCGGAUGCGGCUGUUGCGGCCACGGCCAAGACGCUCUCGCACGCCCCUUCGGUCAUGUCGCUGCUGCGGUCCAAGACGGAGACAUUCGACGAUGCGGCCAGUAUCCGGACGAGGAUGACCGAAGACGCCAAGACCGACAAGGCCCUCGAAGGAAAUGAUCUCAAGCUGGCGGUUCGGGAGCUGCAGAGGUACCUGGCCGAUGUCCGUCGGCGGUUCCAGCGCUUCCUCAACCCCGAUGGAUCCCUGAAGGCGUUCGAUAUGCCGGUGGACGCGGCCCCGGAUGAAUUGACUGAUUCCGUGAUGAAGUUGCUCGAGACAAGCACCAAGGAUACCCAGGAUCCUGAGUUCGGGGAGAAAAUCCGCGAGAAGGCCAAACUCGUCGACACGACUCUCUUCCGGGCGUAUAUGUAUGCGAUCCCUGCGCUGGCGGGGUCUCUCUUCCGGAUCGCGAACUUCUGCGACCCUGAUGUGGUCAUGGAGAGGCUCGAGGAGACCGGUCGGCACAAUGAUUUGAUCGAUUUCCUGUACGGCAAGAAACUGCACCGACAGGCGCUGGAGCUUCUUCAACGGUUCGGCCAGGCGGAGGAGGAAGAGGAGACCGCGCCGCAGCUGCACGGUCCCAAGAGGACUGUCGUCUACCUGCAGAACCUCCCGCCGGACCGGAUCGACCUCAUCCUCGAGUUCGCCGAAUGGCCGCUGCGCGAAGAUCCCGAGCUGGGCAUGGAAAUCUUCCUGGCGGACACGGAGAACGCAGAGACCCUACCCCGGCAUCGCGUGCUGGACUUUCUGCGGGGCAUCGAUGUGAAUCUGGCCGUGCGUUACCUGGAACAUGUCAUCGGCGAGCUGAACGACAUGUCGCCGGAUCUACAUCAGCAGCUGCUCAAUCUCUACCUGGACCGUUUGAAGUCGUCCCGAAACAAGGAGUGGGACUUCGCCAGUGAAGACGAGCACGUCGCGUGGCGAACCAAGUUCCUCACUAUGCUCAGGUCGAGUACGCAGUACUCUCCAGCUAAGAUUCUGAACCGCCUGGAUCGCGACGAUCCUGAAUUGUUCGAAGCGCGAGCAAUCGUGUUCAGCAAGAUGGGACAACACAAGCAGGCGCUGGAGAUCUACGUGUUCAAGCUGGAGGACUAUGCCAAGGCUGAGGAAUACUGCAACCAUCUCCAUAAACAGGACGAUAUGGCAUCUACCGAAGAAGGCGGGCCUUGUGUGGCUUUGCUGGCUUACGAAGAAGACAAGCCGUCGAUCUAUUUGACUCUCCUAGCGCUCUAUCUAACCCCGCCCCACGGGUACGAGCCACGAUACGGACCAGCGCUCGAAGUGCUGGCCAAACACGGGUCCCGCCUGCCCCCCGGGUCCGCGCUGGACCUGAUCCCCGAAACCCUCCCGGUGAAGGAGCUGGACUUCUACUUCAAGGGUCGCAUGCGCGCCGCCAACUCGAUCCUCAACGAGAGCCGGAUCGUGGCGAGCCUGCAGAAAGCCGAGAACAUCAAGACCCAAGCCCAGCUGCUGGUGGGGGAGGGCACGGACCCCAAGCUGUCGCGAUCCAGACAUGUCACCAUCACCGAAGAGAGGGUGUGCGGGAUCUGCCACAAGCGCAUCGGGGGGAGUGUGAUCAACGUGUAUCCAGAAUCAUGGAGUCAAGAAGGUAGUACCACUUGUUACUGUACACUCACAAUGUUGCGCUCGCCGGUUUCUCCAGAGCGAGGCACGCGGUCUCCGAUUCCUCCACCUCCUGCUUCGCAGAGUCCGCCCCCUCCCAUCCCCCCUCUUCCUCGACGUUCCUUUGACGAUUCCUACUCCUAUACCUUUUACAACCGUCCUGGCUCCUCUGGAAGUGAUGCCUCGUCGAUGACCUCCAAUGUGACCGCCAUCUCGCCGCAGCAAUCCAAUUUCCCGCUGCCGCCUGCGCCUGCGCCUACUACUGGCACUGCCUCUGCCUCUGCGUCGCCGCGGCCACCGCGUAUCUCCUCGCUCAACACCGCCAAUCUCACCUCCGCUUCGACUACCAUUUUGAACACCACCACCACCUCAUCUGCGCGAUCCCCCGUCUCCUUCAUGCCGCAUAAUGAGAUCCUGAGUCGAAAGCCUUCGGGACGGGUCGUCCCGGCUGAGCUGCAGCGACGCUCUCGUCACCACUCCCAGGGUUUCUUUGAACCAUCGCUCCCUACCGCUUCUUCGACCGAGGCCUCUUUGUCAGCUUCUCGUAUCGCGGCCCAGACGGCCAUGCUUCAACAACAGCAGCAGCAGCAACAGCAACAACAACAACAGCAGCAACAGCAGCAACAGCCGCACCAACAUCAACAACAUCCCCAAAAACAACACCAACAAUCUAACCACCCCCAACAUCCCGUGAAACGACCCGCGACCGUACGAGGGGUCUCCGAAGACGGCUCCCGUUCCCGACGCGGCGGCAGCAUCUCGCCCCCCCCCCCGCCUCCCCCCCCCCCGACCUUCGCCCCCCCCGGUUCGACAGCAGCCAGCACGACUGGCGUAUCAGCCGGGCAGCCAUUCCACGCCAAUGGCAGCACCAGCACCGCGGCCGGACACACCCAUGCUGCCACGACAGCGGCCAACGUGGUAUUCCCCCGAAAUCCAGGGCUCCAGCCGCCCGGGCUUGGGCUCGAGAUCCCCCAGGAGCGCGAACACAAACACAAGGGCGAGAAGUCGAAGAUGAAGCUCUUCUCCAAGCCCAAGCACAUCGGCAUCAGUCGGGACAAGGACGGGACCGGCAAGGAAAGGGGACUGCCCUCGCCGAGCAAGAUGGGGUUCCCCAGUGGGGGCUUGUCCCGCAUCGUCAGCGCUUCGACCACCAGCUUGGCGGAGACUUUCCCGUCGAACAAUUCGUCCAUGUACAACCUGUCGAAUGCGUCCGCGAGCACCGUCGUGCCGGCAGAUCGGCCGACGGGGAGCGAGAAAGAGAAGGACAAGGACAAGGAGAAACACAAACACCAUUUCCUGUCGCGCCAGAAGCUGAAGCUGAAGGAUCGCGACGAUCAUUACAACCUCCCGCUGUCGUCCGCGUCGAGUAAUUCGAAGCCGUCAGACCCCAACGCACCGCAGUCCUUAUACUCGUUUACCCCCGCGUCGCCGGGAGCCACCAGCACGACCUUCGGCAAGUCGGUGAGUGGGCUGGAUCUGCUGCAUGGGCUUCGUGAGAAGAAGAAAGAGGAGAAAGCGCAAGCUCAGGCGCAGGCACAGGCGCAGGCACAGGCGCAGGCGGAAUCGGAGCAGAUGGAGUGGGCAGCUAGUUCACAGGGACCCGGAGGGUCGCCGGCUGUCUUUCCCGGGCCAUCGUCUUUGGGCAGCUCCUCCGGGCUGAUCGCCGAGGCUGCGUUGCGGGAAACUCUCCAAGGGUUCGGGCUGAACAACAUGACGCCGGAGGACGCUUGGGACUUCCUGAAGGCGAAACUGAUGGUGAUCUUCGACGGGGAGGACGUGCGCAUCGCGAUUGAGGAUCUCAACAAGCUGGUUCUCGUCCAUAUCCAGCGUUGUGUGCAGAAGCGCACUCCGGCGGCGGUGGUCGAUGACCUGAGGGAACUGCUGGAGACCGGAUUUGCUUCGUUGAACCAUACCUUGAACGGGGUGCCGGAUGAGAAGCUGGUUCCCCACCUCGUGCAGGUGUGGAUGCUCGUGUUCGGCACCAUCUUGCCUUUCAUUCAAGCCGUGUUCUUGCCUCUCGACUUGGAAAUCAAGGGCUGCGGGUCCGUGAUGACCCGGCGUGAAGCCAGUGAAUUCUGGGGUUCCGCACGCAAUGCCGAGUACCCUGGCUGUGAGCUGGAUGUGCGCAAUCUCGUCCUUGUCGCCUUCCGCGACCGAAUCAUCCUGCGCCGCUACGAGAGUCUGAAGUCGACAUUUUCACGCCUGAGUCUGGACAGCAUCAAGCUAGGCACGGCGGCGCUCAGCGUCACCACCAAGAGCAGUUCCGCCAGUGGCGGACGGCCCCCCACCGCUGCCUCGCUGGACGGCGGCGGUGCCGGCGCAGGCUUUGGCAGCUACAGCUCCCAAUCCUCGACCCUCCUCAACGCCCAGUCCGGGAGCUACUCCUCGGACUCGUUGCUCGGCCACAGCAACAACAACAACAACAAUAACAACAAUAACAACAAUAACAACAAUAACAACAAUAGCAACAGCAGCAGCAGUCGCAGCCGCGCCGCCUCCAACACCUCCUCCAAUCCCGACCAGAUGAUCUUCCAGUCUCUCUCCUCGCCGCCGCAGCGCCCGAGCAUCAUCCACCGGGCCAACGCGGCCGCCGACACCUCGCAUAUCAUCACCGAGACCGUCGGCCGCAUGCUGCAGUGCGUCAGCGUCCUGGCCAGCGUGCAGACCGGCGACACGGCCCAGGAGCGGGUCGAGACGCUCGGCAAGGAUCUGAAGCACAACUGGCUGGGCCGGGGCCGCACCGGCCGCGACCGGCGUGGUUUCGUGGGCACCAAGAUCCGGCCGGCGAUCGUGGCCCGCGCCGAAAGUGAUGAGUACAUGAAAGAUCUGGGCGGUCAUAGUCUGGGUCAUGGAGAUCUGGACGGGCGACUGCAUGAUGGGCGUCUGGAGAUGAUGAGUUUCUGA